AACCCCCCUAGCACGCGCCACAGAUAUAAAGCUUUUAAAACGUGUAAAUGUGCUUAAACCGGAGCGCAACGUUAGUGUCGUUGUGUUUUUAUUGCUAGUCGAACAUUUGGUAUCCGUUUUGUCACAAUAUGACAAACGGAAUAACGGAAGGCGUCAACAAACACGACUCAUGAACGUCAUUGAACGCACCCUGGCAGAUUAACCGUACCGUGAGCAGUUUAGUUUAGGGAAAUAUCCCGCUGCAACACGUCUGACUCCAACAGCUAUUGUCCAAAUGCCCCGAAGAUUAAACAAGAGGUGUGAGGAUCAGUAAGUUUGUAGAAAGCAGCAAAGGAGAAUGGGCUUGUAGUGCAGUAACCUUUGCUUCAGCUGUUAGCUGUGACGCUAGGCUACCGUUAGCUAACGGUAACGUAAUGCCAGACGAGCCAGCGCCCUCCGCCUGGAGUAGAAGCGGCCGCUUCUGUUGCCUUAAUACUGAGCCCGAGCCCUUAGAACGGGCCCCGCAGCUGGACCCACGCGCCGAACCCACGCGCCCAUAACGUGUUUUCUGCGCUGCCACUUUUAUUUUGGAACAACAUAACUCCAGCAUGGGGAUGUGCCUACCGUGCCUUGGCGGAGCAGCGGACGACGUCGUUGUCACUCCGGACCCUGAGACGAGAAGAAGACAGUUAGCCGAGGCUGCUGAGAAGAGGCAGAAAGAGACAGCAUACAGGGGUGUUAAAAACCCAGACGCAGUGGAAAAGAAAAGAAAGAAACAGGAAGAGAUUGAGAAACAGGCGGUGACCUCUUCUGUGUCUGGUGGUGGUGGGUUGAAGUGGCAGGUGGGCUGAAGACACUGGUAAAAUUUGAAGUCUAAAGCAAGAAGUAAUACCGCAAAAGGAAGGAACUGCUGUGCAUUGAAAUCAAAUUCCUGAUUGUCUGAUGAGAUAUGGUUCAUGCAAAACAAUCUGAGGUGAGCACAGACAGAACUAGCCCCUUUGUUGCCAGGUUAUUCAAGCAAGUUUAGACCUUUUGACCAAUUGGGGAAAGAGAAGAAAAGAGCAAACACAUACAAUUGUUAUUGCAUUGAUUUUAUUUGACAAGGCUCACAGUAAGUUAUAAUAUAAGAUAACAAAAGAUUAUGAUUAGAAAAAUUCUAUGGUGCCCGUUGCCCUGUUGAGACAGAGCUUUAUCAUUACAUGGUUUCUUAGUUGAGGAUCAGUAUUUACUGUAUAUCCGUUAUUUACCAUAAAACUGAUUUAAACCAAUUAAACGAAUGACACUUGACACUUUUGGGUAAAAAUUUGCUCUGCUCUGAAAAUGUAUGGUUCAUAAGUAGGUUUGUAGAUGGCCUAGUUUUUAGUUGCUGAAUUGGUGAUUAUUAAGCACAAACGACUUACUUGACAAAUUGUAGAGCAGAUAGUGGUGAGUAAAACGACGUAACACACAUUCAGCCCCAGUAAAAGGACCACGCAUGUACGACCUAUUGCACUUUACACUUUAUGGUCUCUGCUCCUUUCAUAUACCUUUAUCUCUGUUCUAUCAAAUAUUGACGUUUGCGAAACACUAAUGUGAUGCCUGCGUAACUUAAAUAAGAUCUGAGUUCUGUUCAGAAGUUGCCAUAUGACAGAAGGAAGCUUCUGUGACACACCAAGAAUUUGUCAAUAUUUGGUGACAGCGAAUAUACUCUUACACUGUUUACAAAGGAAACAUGAAGGACAGAAGUAAGUGAAGUGUGUAUGUUGUGUGUAUUUACUUAGAUUUGCUGUACCGAGUGCUUUUCUUAAAGCCUUCACUUGACCCUUGAAUGCUUCUGGUGCUCUUGCCAUUUUGUAGAACAGAAUUUAGCCAAUGUUUGCUACAAUAAACCACAUUUCUGCUUACUAA